AUGGAUUUCGCAUCCUCAUCUUCGGCUGGUCCGAGUGGUUCUUCCUCUUCUUUCGACUACUUUCCAGAACCAAGUACAUCCAGGACGUCCACCUUGAAUCGCAAUGUAGCCCUUCCCAAGUGGCGUAUGCCUGCUCAUCUUGCCGCCAUUGUCAAUGAUAGUGAGCAUUCGGAAAAGACUCGAUAUUUCAUUUAUAACCGAACUGAUCCCAAUAUUCAAUGUGAUAUGAGAGCAUUCUACAAUUGUAUGGAGUAUGAGGAGAUGUUGAAACCCAAUUAUGAAUACUUCACCGCCGUCCAAAAUGAGCUGACUCCAUACCAUCGGGAGCAAGCCAUCGACUGGAUUUAUGAUGUGGCAAAAGAAGAGAACUGUGAUGGAGAUGUGUUUCUGUUGGCUGUGGCUCUAAUUGACCGAUUCUUAUCUCUUCAAUGUAUUCUGAAGCACGACAUUCAGAUGGUCGCUGGAGUUGCCCUGUUUAUGGCGAGUAAACUCAAGGCUCCUCAUCCUCUGACUGCUUUCAAAAUCUCCUACUACUCGGAUAACAGUCUUUCGAUUCCGAUGAUUCUUCAGUGGGAACUCGUGAUGAUCACUGCUCUCGAUUGGGAGACUGAAUCACCAACAGCGUUCUCGUUCUUCGACUUCCUUGCCUCCAGCUACCCACAGAUCCAUGGAAUGAGAUCCGAGUUCCAGUAUGUCGUUCACAAGUGUCAAAAAAUGCACAGACUGGCCACCUUGUUCCCAUCAAUGCAAUGCGCCAUUGUUCUCUACUAUGUCUCCCAUAUUCGACACCACCUACCCCUGGCUGAGGAUAUCAAGGCUCUCAUGGUCAACAUGUUCCAGUUGGAAAUCAACCUUCUCGACCCAUACAUCCCAUUGGUCAAGCGAUGUCUCGCACCAGCCCCAAUCUACGCCGUGGAGCCAGAACAACAAGUACCGGCACCGAUUGCUCCGAUCGCCCCAAUCGCAAUGCAAGAGGAGGAUAUUGAUGGAGACGAUGAGCAAGAAGAUGAUGAGGAAGAAGAGAUGGAAAUGGUUGUUUCCCCAAAAGAAAAAGCACCUGAAGGCACUCUCACUCCACCAAACGGAGAAGAAGAACCGCAUCAAGUCCAAGUCUUCGCUCAGGUCCCAGAAUGCGAUCAAUCUCCAAUCACCCCACUCAACGAUUCUGGAUUCUCAUCUGACUUCUCCUCUCCUUCCAACUCCGCCGAGAAGAAACGCCGUCGGAGCUCAGAUUGGUUCGAAGAUGAGGAUUACACUCCACCAAAGAUAUUCAAAUUUAAAUAA